GAUACUGCUAGCCCCACACUCCCUCCCUCGGGUGGGUUGGGUGCCAAGAUGGCGGAGGAAGCGCUGGAGCUCUUAGCCCGCGUGUCCCGGCUGGAGGAGCCGCUGGAGGAGCUGCGGGCCCUGGGGGUGGCCGUGCAGGCCCUGCCGCUGAGCGCGCUGAGGGAGCGGGCGCCCGACAUCCGCCUGGGAAGCCUCUUCGCUCUGCUCAACGUGAACGACAGAGAACAGGUUGCUUUAUGUGUUUCUAUCUUGGAGCGGUUUCUUCAGGCAGUGGAUCCAUUGUAUGUAAUCCAAAACUUCAGAGAAGAACUUCAAAAAGGACUCUUUCAUCCUGAUGAUUCAGUUAAACUUCUUACUAUAGCUCAGGUUGGAAGAAUAGUUGAAAAUUCAGAUGCUGUUAGAGAAAUUCUCAAUAAUCCUGAAUUACUAAGGCAAAUCAUUUAUUGCAUUGGUGGAGAGAAAAUAGCUGUAGCUAAAGAGGCUAUCAAAUCACUGUCGAGAAUAGCACAGACUCAAGAUGGGCUGGAGGCUUUAUUUGCAAGCAAUUUUUUAGUUGACUUGAAAAAUGUCAUGGCAACAAGUGAUGUUGUACGAUACAGAGUAUAUGAGUUAAUUGUUGAGAUUUCUUCAGUGUCUGCGGUUUCUUUGAAUUACUGUGCAAACAGUGGAUUAAUAUCUGAGCUAAUUGAAGAACUGACUGGAGAUGAUGUGCUGGUCAGAGCUACCAGUAUAGAGAUGGUGACCUCAUUGGCAUACACUAAGCAUGGACGUCAAUAUCUUGCCCAGCAAGGAAUCAUUGAUAAAAUUUCCAAUAUAAUCAUUGGGGCAGAUUCUGAUCCUUUCUCAGGCUUCUAUUUGCCAGGAUUUGUGAAAUUUUUUGGAAAUCUGGCUAUUGUAGACAGCCCACAGCAGAUCUGUGAACGAUAUCCCAUCUUUAUGGAAAAAGUAUUUGGAAUGGCUGAAGGCCAUGACCCAACCAUGAUUGGAGUGGCUGUGGACACGCUUGCAAUCCUGGGAUCAAAUGUGGAAGGAAAACAGGUUUUACAGAAAUCUGGGAGUAGAUUUCAACAUCUGUUAAACAGACUCGGGCACCAGGCAAAGAAUCCCCCAGCAGAGCUAAGACUUCGAUGUUUGGAUGCCAUAUCAUCGCUUCUUUACUUGCCACCAGACCAGCAAACAGAAGACCUGCUAGGAAUGACUGAAUCCUGGUUUGCUGCCUUGUCUAGCCAGCCAUUGGAACUCUUCAGGAGUAUUGGUACUCAACCAUUCCCUGAUCUCCACUGUGGGGCUUUAAGAGUGUUUACCGCUAUUGCAAACCAACCAUGGGCACAAAAACUGAUGCUUGACAGUCCAGGAUUUGUGGAAUAUAUUGUAGACAGAUCUGUGGAACCUGACAAAGCUUCAAAGGAUGCCAAAUAUGAACUGGUUAAGGCCCUUGUAAAUUCCAAAACAAUAGCUGAAAUAUUUGGAAACCAAUACUACUUAAGGCUGAGGGCUUAUCUGCAUGAAGGUCCUUAUUAUGUUAAGGCUGUUUCUACUACUGCUGUGGAAGGGGCAGAAUAAUAUCAGCGUCCUCACAUUUUUUCCUUUUUACCAAUCCAGUGUUACUGGAGCAGUGGUUGGU